AUGGAAAUUUACUCAGGUCAGCAGCCAGAUGGGCCAUACAAGAAAGUUAACAGUUUUUGUGAAAAAGCAAAGCGCAUCCUAGGUCCAUUAUACAAUUCUGGAAGAAACGUUACCACAGAAACAGUUGGUAUACCAGUCAUGAAUUGGGCAAUUUCUUACAGAAAAAUAAAAUUUCUAUCGUUGGAACAGUAUGCAAGGAUAAGAAGAUUAAACACACCUGAUUUUGUGUUGAAUAAGAAUAGAGAACAGCAUUCAACUCUCUUGGGUUUUCAAAAGGAUAUAAUGCUACUUUCUUAUAUGGCUGAAAAGAACAAGUGUGUUAACCUUUUGUCAACUAUGCACAGUGAUGACCAUAUUGAUGAAAGCACGGGAGAUUUGAAGAAACCUGAAGUAAUUACGUUUCAUAACAUGAUAAAAGGAGCAGUUGAUAUAGUCGACGAAAUGGGUGGCACUUAUUCUGUGACCAGAAUAUCAAACCGAUGGCCUAUGGGCAUAUUUUUUUCGCUAUUAACCUUUUACAUGCCAAACGAUGAUAUGAAAGUAAAAUAA